UUUGGACAAAUGAAAAAGCUCUGGCCUAAUUUUCACCAAACUGAGCAUGAACACUUGAUAACAACUGUUGAGCACGGUGGUGGAGGAAUGAUGGUCAAUGCUUUGAUUUGUAACCACAGGACCACAAAGCUACAUCAGUGUAGCUGCUGCCUGUCAUUUGGUGAGAGGAGGGGAACCCCACAGGGUAAAAAGAGGCAUACAGGGCUGACCUCCGACCCUGAGUCUCCUCUCUGCAGCGUAGCUUUCUGUCUGUCUGAUGAGUUCUGUGUUUCAGGAUCCACUGAUCUGAUGCAGCCGCUCAAAGAGAAACUCUGCUGCAGAAACCAGUAAAGUCACAGAAAAGUGGUUCAUGUCUCAAAAACUGCUUCUUUAAAAUGUUUGUACAUAAGAGAAAUGGAAACUGACCACAGCAAAGAAAAAACACAGAAAAUAGUUACUGAUCGUAUCAGUGAAACACGGAGCAAUCUCUAUAAUAUAAUGAAAUAUAAAGAAACAAAUAUAAUGAAACAUCAAUGAUGCAAAAAUGUUUACAGCAGAAAAAUGUCAGCUUCAACAUUUGACUGAACAGUUUCUGUGGUCAGAGUUGGUGUAGAGGAAACGAGCAGCGAGCAUCCCGAGGGGAGGAGAGCGGAGGAGUGACGGGUUUGAUCAUCAGCUGGGAGACACAGCAGCAGGAAACCAUCAUGGCCGCCCGUCUGUCUUCGCUCUGCCUCGUCUUCCUCUCCCUGCAGGUCGGAGACAUCAGAACUUUUGAAGUUCUGACACAAUAUGGAGUUUGUGGGGAAGACAUCUUGAUUUCAUGUGUCUCUUUCUCAUAUGGAGCCUGGAAGAUCUUCUGCAGGGAAACCUGUGAAGGAGAAAACCUCCUGAUCAGAACGAGAGAUGACGCAGCUCAGAUUGGACGAUACAGAACUGAAUAUGUUAGACAAGCUUCCAAAACAUUCUCGGUUCUGUAUGUGAGCAUCUCAGAGCUGACCCGGUCCGAUGAAGGUCGGUACCGAUGUGGUUUGGGCGACUCGUCAUCAUCAGCUUCACUUCAGGACUUCAGGCUGGUUGUUCUAGACGCUCUGCUGGAUGGAAACAAAGUUCCUGACCUCCACAGAGACGCUGGCAGCUCUCUGACAGUCGCCUGUUUCUUUGAAGACUCUGGAUGGAAACGACUGUUCUGCAGAGGAGGAUGUGGAAAAGAUGAAGUUCUUGUUCAGACUGAUGCAGUCAGAGCUGACAGAGGCAGGUACAGCAUUGAAUAUGAAAAAAGACGAAAUUCGGCCGUUCUGUUGGUGACCAUCACACAGCUGACCCAGUCUGACUCCGGUCGGUACCGAUGCAAACUGGACAGAGCGAUUCGAUCAGAUCUAGACAGAGACUUCAGCAUCACCGUCACUGAUGCAGUCGACCCAUCCAGAUCAACAACAGCUGAGCCCUCCAGCUCCAGUUCAGCAGUCGGCCCGUCCAGCUCCACACCAGCAGUAACAUCACAGACUUUCAGCUCCAUUUCAACUCAUGUUUUCACAAACAACCCAACCAGCCUCACAACAACAACUCAGAGAUUCAACUCCAGUUCAGGAAAUUUCACACAUCGAAGAUCUUUUAAAAUCAGUAACGACUCGGUUCAGUUUCAGGAUAACAAAGAAAAAUCUUUCCUCUAUGUUCCUGUGAUCGUUGGUGUGACUCUGGCUGCCAUGGUGGUUCUGGUCUCAGCAGCUCUGCUGGUUUCCUGCAGGAGACGAUCUCUGAGAGAUUCAAGGAGGAGAGGAGAUGAUGGAGUAAAGAUGGAGAACAUCGACUAUGAGAACGUUUCCUCUCAGGACGCCACCUACCAGAGUCUCGGUCCUGCCAGCAGAGACCAGAACCAGAUCUACUCUACGCUCUCACAGUUCUGGAUCCCAGGUUCUGGAUCCCAGGUUCUGGAUCCCAGGUUCUGGAUCUCAGGUUCUGGAUCUCAGGUUCUGGAUCUCAGGUUCUGGAUCUCAGGUUCUGGAUCCCAGGUUCUGGAUCCCAGGUUCUGGAUCUCAGGGUUUUAG